AUGUCAGAGAAAUGCAAACAAUUGUUAUUAGGGCUAGCUAUUAUUAUGAACUAACAAAGAAGAAAGGGAUAUUUAACUAUUACGUAGAUGAUGACUAUAAAUUACAUAUUAGGAAGAAUGCAUUUACAAAUAUAUUCUAAGUAAAUAUUCUAAAUUAAAUAUGAACUCACUCCUAUUUCUUUUCUCAAAAAGCUAAGUUAAGGAAAUACCUAAGAAUUACAAAGGUUAAUGGCUAACGACAAAGCCAUCUUAAGUUGUGAUAACACAUUAAUUAAUCGAAGAUUUUUAGUGGAAACUGCUAUAAAAUUUAUGGAGGCCAGAUACAUUCCAAAUAAACAAGAGAUUAGGAUGGGCAAGAUUGCUACACCUAAAUAUAAAGCAUCUAAAAAUAUCUUAAAAAAAAAUGACUAAUUUAAUCCACUAUUAAUAUAAAGCCCUUUGUACAAAUUUUUAGAAUUAAGAUUCCAUUCUUAAUUAAUAGAGUAUCUCAAUAAUGAUAUAUAAAAGCCUUAAACAUAAUUCAUCGAUAGGCUAAUAACUUAAUUAAACAUAUUUAUGAUACUUAACUGGAACAAAAACAUCUUAGGCAAGGGUAAUAGGAUACUAAUCUUCUUUGAUUUCUCAAGUGCCUAUAACACAAUCUGCAGAUCACUAUAACACAAUCUGGAGAUCAAAUGGAAUAUUACAAAACAAAAUAUUUUGAAACAAAAUGAAGUAUAGUCUUUGAAAGGUCUAAAUAGCGAAUACGAAAAAUUUUACUAUUCAAAAGGAGUGCCCUAGUACUCUCCCCUGCUUUGUUUAACAUUUAGCUCGAUGAAUAUUUUAAAGACCUUUUUCAAUCUAACCUCUUAUAAAGUCAUAUUUCUGGGACAUGCUGAUGACUUAAUACUAGAGACUGUAUAUGGAAAUUUUAGUAAACCUAGUUGUCAAUAAAAAGAAAAGUGGCAUCGUGCCCAUAAAUUUUAUUCUUUAAGAAGAGCAUGCGAAGUAUUUCCAAUACUCUACUCAUAGAAAUAUUUGGGAAUCUAAAUCAAUAACAAAGGAGACGCUUAUAAAAUUAUUAGAAAAAUAAAUUUCAUAAACCUAAAUUUACUGCAGCUGUCCUCUAAAAUGAAUUUCUAACAAAGACUAGCGCUCUAUUAGGCAUACAUUGAGCCAAAUUUUAUACUGGCUUAUUAUGACAAUCAAUAGUUAUCCAAAUAACUAAUCACUUUGAGGUAAAAGGACUUUAAAUAGAUUAUGAGGUUACCAUUAAACACACUAGAUAAUUUCGUUAAAUUGUAAUGCAUAGAAUAUGAUAACUUAAUAAAAUUUAUAUACGAAUUACAAUCAACAAAAUUUGAUGAAGAGAUCUAGAAAGCAAAGUAUUAGAUAUACCAAAACUGAUCGAACAAUCUAAGAUGAAUCAGAACUUGAAUGGAUUUCUGAUAAUAUCCAUUUACUAUUCAAGUUGUAUGGGCUAUAUUUUAAUAACACUAAUAAGAAUGACAUAUAAAUAUAACAGAAGUUCAUAUAUCCCAUACAAUGGAUGAAUUGAUUACAUCUGAAAAUUCCUUAAAAAUUAAAGUAGAAACAGAAUUAGACAAAUUAAAUAUAGUAUUGAUUGAACCUUAAAGAAAAGAAAGCAAUCCUUAAACCAAGACAAACGAAUGAAUGAGAUUUUGAAUCUAUUUUUUA